GUGGCUGGUGACUCCAUCGGAUAUCUGGCGAGCAGGUUGGACGAGGUGCAGACGGAGAUCGACUGCCUCAGCCAGUACGCCUUCAACCAGCACGCGAAGACGCCGCUGAGCGAGCUGGCCUGGUGGUGCAUCGAGGACGAGUGCUACCCCUUGCGCGGCGGGCUGACCGUGGUGACCGACGGGUCCAAGUACGCCCACG